AAAGAAGAAGGAGGAGGAGAACAGGUGCAUUGUGGGCCGCUGUAAUCUGUUUAUUUCUUGACGUUUAACUUCACUUUUCUCGAUUUAUCGUCGCCAAAAUGAAAAACGAAGUCGACAUUCAAUAAGUCAUCAUUUAGAAAGAAAGGUUUCCCACCCCCGGUUGUGAGGACGGACUCGAACAUGGAGGCUGGUGAAGGUGUGAGCGGCGCCACGCCCACAGAGGAGAUGAACGGAGCUGGAAACCUGAUGGAUUUCCUGGACGAGCCGUUUCCUGACGUGGGAACGUACGAAGACUUCCACACCAUCGACUGGCUGAGGGAGAAGUCCAGAGACACAGACCGCCAUCGCAAGAUCACCAGUAAAAGUAAAGAGUCUCUUUGGGAGCUGAUCAAGAGCCUGCUGGAUGCCUGGUCCGGAUGGGUGGUGAUGCUGCUCAUUGGACUCCUCUCAGGUACGCUGGCCGGAGUGAUCGACCUGGCGGUGGACUGGAUGACCGACCUGAAGGAAGGUGUGUGUCUGUCGGCCUUCUGGUACAGCCACGAGCAGUGCUGCUGGACGUCCAACGAGACGACCUUCGACGACCGAGACAAAUGUCCGCAGUGGCAAAAGUGGGCCGAGCUGAUGACCGGCCACGCUGAGGGAGCUGGAGCAUAUGUGCUGAACUACUUCCUGUACGUUCUGUGGGCUCUGCUGUUUUCCUUCCUGGCGGUGUCACUGGUGCGAGUGUUUGCUCCGUACGCGUGCGGCUCAGGAAUCCCGGAGAUCAAGACAAUCCUUAGCGGCUUUAUCAUUAGGGGAUACCUGGGGAAAUGGACCCUGCUGAUCAAGACGGUCACCCUGGUUCUCGCAGUGUCGUCAGGUCUGAGCCUGGGGAAAGAGGGCCCUCUGGUCCACGUCGCCUGCUGCUGCGGAAACCUCUUCUGCAGCCUUUUCUCCAAAUACAGCAAGAACGAGGGCAAGCGGCGAGAGGUGUUAUCAGCUGCAGCAGCAGCGGGCGUGUCGGUGGCCUUUGGAGCGCCCAUCGGAGGAGUUCUGUUCAGCCUGGAGGAGGUCAGCUACUACUUCCCUCUGAAGACCCUGUGGCGUUCGUUCUUCGCUGCCCUGGUCGCCGCCUUCACACUGCGCUCCAUCAACCCGUUUGGCAACAGCCGUCUGGUGCUCUUCUACGUGGAGUACCACACGCCGUGGUACAUGGCUGAGCUGGUGCCAUUCAUCCUGCUGGGCGUGUUCGGCGGCCUCUGGGGGACCCUCUUUAUCCGCGCCAACAUUGCCUGGUGCCGCCGGAGGAAGACCACCCAGCUGGGGAAGUACCCGGUUCUGGAGGUGAUCGCUGUGACGGGUAUCACCGCGGUGCUGGCGUUCCCCAACCCGUACACCCGGCGCAGCACCAGCGAGCUCAUCUCUGAGCUCUUCAACGACUGCGGAGCGCUGGAGUCGUCACAGCUCUGUGAUUAUAUUAAUAACCCCAACAUGAGUCGGCCGGUGGACGACAUCCCAGACCGACCGGCAGGGCCCGGGGUCUACAACGCCCUGUGGCAGCUCGCCCUCGCUCUCAUCUUUAAGAUCGUCAUCACAAUCUUCACCUUUGGCAUGAAGAUCCCGUCGGGUCUCUUCAUUCCCAGCAUGGCGGUCGGAGCUAUCGCAGGACGGAUUGUCGGGAUUGCCGUGGAGCAGAUGGCGUACCACCACCACGACUGGAUCAUCUUCAAGAACUGGUGCCGGCCCGGCGCAGACUGUGUCACACCUGGCCUGUACGCCAUGGUGGGAGCUGCCGCCUGUCUGGGCGGGGUGACCAGGAUGACCGUCUCCCUGGUGGUCAUCAUGUUCGAGCUCACCGGCGGUUUGGAGUACAUCGUCCCCCUGAUGGCCGCCGCCGUCACCAGCAAGUGGGUGGCGGACGCCUUCGGGAAGGAGGGCAUCUACGAGUCACACAUCCAACUCAAUGGCUACCCCUACUUGGACGUCAGGGACGAGUUCACCCACCGCACCCUGGCCACCGACGUGAUGCGGCCCCGCAGGAACGACCCGCCUCUGGCCGUGCUCACCCAGGACUCCACCACGGUGGAGGACGUCGAGGCGCUGAUCAAAGAUACCGAUUAUAACGGCUUCCCGGUGGUCGUGUCCAGAGAGUCUGAGAGGCUCAUCGGCUUCGUUCAGCGUCGCGAUCUCACCCUGGCCAUCAAAAACGCCCGUCAGAAGCAGGACGGCGUGGUGAGCAGCUCCGUGGUCUACUUCACAGAGGACGCGCCGCAGCUGCCGGCCAGCAACCCGCAGCCACUGAAGUUGCGACGCAUCCUGAACCUCAGCCCCUUCACCGUCACCGACCACACACCCAUGGAGACGGUGGUGGACAUCUUCCGCAAGCUGGGCCUCCGCCAGUGUCUCGUCACCAGGAGCGGGCGUCUCCUGGGUAUCAUCACCAAGAAGGACGUCCUGCGACACAUGGCUCAAAUGAUGAACCAGGAUCCAGAGUCCAUCAUGUUCAAUUAACAGAAGAGAGAAGAGCUUUAUUCUGCGGACGGUGUAAAUAGGUGAAAGUGGAGUGAUGCUACUGUUCUGCAACCUGUGAAAAGUCCCCCCCCCCGUAGUGACCACACAGCACAGCUCCACCAGCUUUCAGCAUAACUGCGUAAAGACUCGUCGUUUUAACACUUCCAAACCCUCAGUUUAACGCUCAGAGUGCCAAAUCUGGUUCUUGAGCAGCACUUCAUUCCUUUUAUUUGCUAGUUCAAAUAAAACCUUUAGGAAGCAGAAGGGAAACGUUAAGACGGAGCGGUGGUCGGGUGUAAGGAUGCGUAUCAGUGGAGAACCACAGGGUUGCUGCACAGACCUGGAAAGUCUGGUAAGUUGAAAAUAAAGAAAAUAAAUUUGACACUAAAGAUCAACACUCAUCUCAAAAUGAUGUAAAUAAUAUCUGAGGUAUUUAGUUUUUAUCGGUUUAACUGUAACAGUACACUUAAUACUGAUGUACACCUUGAACACACUUUAGAUCUCAGAUCUGCGUGGUUCGGGGGUAAAAUGGUACUCCAGCAUCAUUGAAGCUUUACUGAAAACUGAAAUAGAAACUGGGACCAUUUGUAAGAUUUAAAGUAGCAAUGUGUAAUUCCUGGCAACAAAAACUGCAUGCGACGCACUACAUAGAUGUCUCUGUAGCUGUUACCUCUUCGUGUCCUGUUGAUAAUGUUCAUUUAUUUAAUAUGGAAACAUUCAUGAACCAUAAUUCUGGCCAUAUCUUGCACAUUGCUCCUUUAACAAACAGAUUGUUAGAAUCCUGAUUUUAUUUAACGUCGGAGAGUUUUGGACUGCUGCACUUUGUGUUUUGGCUAAUAGUUGUUUAUUGUUGUAUGUUGCUGCCAUAUUUAUAUUAAUGCUGCCUGUGUUAAUGUUCCUUUGUAUGCUUCAGCGGCACCGUUCAGCUUGUCACUGUCACUUUGGACCUGAAGGCACAAACUGUCUGAAAGGCUAAAUGUUGUUUUUACUGUAGCAGUUUAACAACACCAGACAUUCUCGUGAGAACUGUGUUUGAUUGUUGGUUCGUUUGAUUGUGUCAAAUGGUUUCCAAGAGCCUUAAAGUGUGUGAGAUAACAGCAGAGUUACAGCUUGACAGACAGUCAGUGAGUGUGUCUGUGUCACACUCUUCCUCACAGGUUAGUUAAUGACAGACAGUCAGUGAGUGUGUCUGUGUCCAACUCUUCCUCACAGGUUAGUUAAUGAUGUUACUGAGUCAGUGUGAGCAGAUUGUGUCUGUAGACUGAAGAGAAUCAGAAAUAAAUCUUUUACUGUGAAAGAAUGUGGCCCAACCUUAAAACAGACAUUUUUUGAAUGAAGUUUGGUGUGACAGUGUUGAGCAGAGGGUAUUUUAACCUUAAUAAUUCCCAUAUAGUGAGCUGACCUACCUUGUAAACAGCACUGGUAGUAAAAGGUCGAUUAAUGAACACAAACAGAUUCUGCUCUCAUCCAUGGAAAUCUUUAAAUAUUUAAAACUUUAUUUACACACUUCAGCAGGUUUGAGCUAGCUGGUGAGCUCCGAUGGUUAAAUUGAGCACAGAGCGACCACGGUCAGUGUUUGUGAGGGCCAGUCAACACCAUAUUAAAGCCAGUGGUUAAAUCCAAGAAGAAGCGCACUACUUUCAUUAUCAUUUGCAAAGCUUUAUGGGAGUAGUUCCUUAAUAUAAUUAUGUACACAGUUUAUGUACCUUUUUUUUUUUAAAGCUUGUUUUCAGGGUUAAAAGUCCUAAAUGUAGUCAAUUCACUGGAAUUUCACUUCAGGGAACAGGAGCUGUUCAAAAAGUGGGCGGUCACUGUUGCUCUCUAAAAGCUGGGAACUGUUUUUCAUCUUGAUUUGGUGAUUGAGGACCGUCAGCCUUCACAUGAGGCAGACAAAAUCGCAGUGCAGUUAGGAGUUAGGAAGGUAGCAUAGCUAAGGACACGUAUGGUACGAUAAGCUCCUGUUACACAGACAGACAGACAGACAGACAGACAGAACAGUCACAUUGUACCUCUGCUGUUAGAUAAAUAUUCCUUCAUUACGGAUUCACUUCAGCUCCAGAAGGAUCAGAAAUGAAGGACUAAGAAGGACACAAGUGUUGCAGGUUGAAAACAACCAUGAAUUCCAGUUAAUAAUAUCAAGCUUGCACAAAAAGAUUCUGGGGAAAAAGCUGUUGUGUGGUUGUUUUUUUUUUGCAUCCUGCUCCUCGACUGCUCAUUCAGUGUUUUUCUCCCCUCGGUCAUUUCCUGUGUUGUGGUUUAUUUUUUUGAAGUGAAUAAUAAUAAUGGGUCAGAGCUCCAAGCUGCUAUCAGUUCAGACAGACCGGAAGGUUCAUGUUGUCGAAGCAAGUGAUCAACUUUUUGUUUUUUAAAUGCCAAGAGAAUGUAUUGAAACAUUAACUGUGUUGUAUAUAUUGAAGAUUUAUUGUGAGCAUUUUCUCAUUUUGUCUGAAACACACUAAUGUUGAGCCCUGGUCAUUUUUAUUUGAAACUACAUAUUUAUGAGAUAUACUCUUACAAAAAAUCAUAAUUGCACUUUUUUUUUUGUAAAUGAAGUGAUUGAAAAAUAAAACCUUUCAGUUUA